UUUAGUGAGUAACAAAGAUAGGAUGAUACUUGUGUCGACUUGUGUCUCUUGUUGGAAAGCAACCGAUAGAAACAAAGAUGAAAUGAUGCUCAGAGCGCCAAAACGAACGCAGCCAGAAACUUUGCUCUGCGAGCACCACACAUCAGCACGGAAGGGAAUACGCACACACUCACGCGACCGUACCCGUGAGGCUUAUAGACACAGUCGCGUAAAUGUUAUAAAUAUUCAGGAGACGUCCAGAGUACAUCCUGAGAACAUCCUAGAGAUGUUUCUACGUCCUCAGGACAUCUGCGAGACGUCCCCAGGAGAUUUUAUGCUGUAUGGAUAGGUAUGUGCAGAAUAAGAGGCAAGCCCUAAAACGAAA